GCCGACAAAACCCGUUCUCUGAGUCGGGGACAGCUUGUUUGUUGCCGCGGCCCUCAUCCAGUGUCUGCGGCGGAGUGUUUCACGCUAAAGAAGACGGAUCGGAUUUUCAGUACCAACUAGAAAGUCCAGUUCGACCGACCGAGAUGUCACAGGAGCAGGACAACAAGCGCGCCGUCCUGGUUCUUCAGAACGAGGCCGGCUACGGCGGCCAGCGUCGCUCCUUCACCACGGAGGAUGAGGCCUGGAAGACGUUCCUGGAGAACCCGCUGACGGCCGCCACCAAGGCCAUGAUGAGCAUCAACGGGGACGAGGACAGCGCCGCGGCGCUCGGCCUGCUCUACGACUACUACAAGGUGCCCCGGGAGAAGAGAACAAUAAACCAGCCCAAGACAGACGCUCUGGUCUCUGAUGUGGAUCCCAACAAAAGACACCAGAUCCAGGCCGGACACUCCAUCGGUCCGCUCAAGGAAGGCGUCAUGGAGAACCGGAUCCAGGUCCCAAAGGCGCCCUUCAACAUCCUGCAGCUGGCCCAGGACAAGAGGGGCCACUUCCCGUCCCCGGACACCACCGUCACCGUCUCCAUCGCCGCCGUGCCCAGCUACCCGCUGGUGAAGACGGAGGUGCCGGCCCACGGCUUCUCCGUCACCGUGCCCAACAACUGCAUCGAGCCGGACGGACACGUGGGCGUCUUCGACCGGCAGCUGGCGCACGGCGCCGUCCAGUUCAGCCCCGGCGCCCAGUCCCGCACGCCGCCCGACUCCACCUUCUCCGAGAGCUUCAAGGACAGUUCCCAGGAGGUGUUUUCCUUCCCGGGAGAUCUCCAGUUACGCAUGGCCACCAUGACGCCCGAGGACUACACUCAGUUUGACACCAUCCCGGGGAACAACUUCGAGUACACUCUGGAGGCGUCCAAGUCUCUGCGCCAGAAGACCGGCGACGGGACCAUGACGUACCUCAACAAGGGCCAGUUCUACCCCAUCACCCUCCGAGAGGUGGACAACAAGGGUCAGCAGCAGGCCAUCACCAAAGUCAGGAGUGUGGUGAUGGUGGUGUUCGGAGAGGAGAAGUGCCGAGACGACCAGCUGAAGCACUGGAAGUACUGGCACUCCAGGCAGCACACGGCCAAGCAGCGGUGCCUCGACAUCGCCGACUACAAGGAGAGCUUCAACACCAUCGGAAACAUCGAGGAGAUUUCCUACAACGCCAUUUCCUUCACCUGGGACACCAACGAGGAGGCCAAGAUCUUCAUCUCGGUCAACUGCCUGAGCACCGACUUCUCCUCCCAGAAGGGGGUGAAGGGUCUCCCCCUCAACCUGCAGAUCGACACGUACAGCUACAACAACCGCAGCAACAAGCCCAUCCACCGGGCCUACUGCCAGAUCAAGGUCUUCUGCGACAAGGGGGCCGAGAGGAAGAUCCGGGACGAGGAGAGGAAGCAGUCCCGCAGGAAAGGGAAGGUCGCCGACCUCGGCGCGGGCAUGCCAUUCGGAGAUUCCAAACUGCCCAUGCUUCAGAAACGCAACGACACCACCGUCUUCAAGAUGAUGACGGACCUGGAGACGCAGCCGGUGCUGUUCAUCCCCGACAUCCACUUCUCCACCUUCCAGCGUCACCCCUUCACGGCAGAGGAAGGCGAGGACAGCUCGGGCAUGAAGAGAUUACCCUUCAGUGAUGAUGAGUUUGGCCCGCCCCCAAACAAGAUGGCAAGACCGGAGGAGCCAAAGAAAGUCCUGCUGUACGUGCGCAAAGAGACCGAGGAGGUGUUCGAUGCCCUCAUGCUGAAGAAUCCCACGCUGAAAGGCCUGGUGGAGGCUAUCUCAGAGAAGUACGAGCUGCCUCUGGAGAAGGUGGGGAAGGUCUAUAAGAAGUGCAAGAAAGGGAUUCUGGUCCACAUGGACGACAACAUCAUCAAGCACUACUCCAACGAGGACACCUUCCAGAUCAGCAUGGAGGAGCUGGGCGGCAUGUACAAACUGACGCUGACGGAGAUCUGACGGGCGGCGGCGGCGGCGGCAGCGGCCCGGGCCCGGGGGCGGAGCAGCGGUCCGGCCGUCAGGUUUACACUUCUGGCUUUGCGGCGAUUGCGGGACUUGAUCUGGAGCUUGGAUGGUUUUGUCUCUGUGUUGCGUUCGUGUCGGCCAGAAGUCCUUCAGGCGGUAUUUAAAAGCCAUAGCUCUUAUUAGACGUAGCCAUGUAAGUUAUACAUUUUCAACAAUGUUUGAUUGUUACACUUAAGGUUUUUUUUUUUAUUGUUUUGUGAGAAAACGAGCUGCAGCUCAGCUAUUUGCCAGAUUCCAGACAUGCAGAGUAAUUUACAGAGCUGCUUUACCUCAUGAUAUGUAAGCAGCAGACCAGCUGGUCGGCCUCUUCCUGCAGCCACAGCACUGAUUGCAGUCCAUGACGUCGGGUAUCGGCACGGCGGCGAGUGCCGACGGAGCCGCCGCGGUUCAGUGUAUUAAUACUAAAACAAGAUGUCAGUAUUUAGUGUUAAAAUAACUUUCCUCAGUCGUCACAUUAAUAGGGUAGAAAGCUGUAAAUAUAUAUUUUUUACUUCUAGCACUAAAAGGCUAAAAGAUUUUUGUGAAUGACAUGGAUUAAAAAGAAUAUUUUACUUCAGAUCAAUGUUAAAAACGGCCUGUUAGUAUUAUAUAGUGGUUUCUAUAUAGUUACUAAAUCUUGCUGGAGUCCCUCCCCGCCGGGGAGCAGUUGGCGAGCGUGGCUGAAGAGGUGGAUGAGUAUCUAGUGCUGUCUGCGCAGGCUGUCCUGGAAGUGCAAUAUGAGACGUAGUUUCAGACACAUUCAGAAAACCACGCUCCCUCUCCAUCUCGGCUGCAGUGGAGGACACACGACCACUGCUUUUCCAACCUGCGGCCAUCGUUGUAUAUAAGGGGGGCUGUUUUAUCCCUGUUUUCUAUCUCUGUGUAUAUAUUUAUUAAGAGAGUGGAUGUGGGUUAUUGCCUUUGUGUUUUUUAACAAUAUAUAACCAAAUUUCUAUUAAUCCGAAUAAUAUAAUGUGCCUUUCUUUUUUUUUAUAUGAAGUUACUAUAAGACUCCAUGUCAGGGGACAGAACGUCUGAAUGUGUUUAAGCCAUGUUGCUUUCUGUUUUUGGAAGAUGUUGGACGCACAAAGUGCCCAAUAAAAAGCUCUCUCUCAGCC